AUGUAUAAAUUGAGAGGUGCAGCCGGUACUGUUUCGCAGACCUUCAAGUCUGCAAGAACACCAUUAACAUCAAAGAGAUUCUAUUCAAUGCCAGAAAUUCCAAAGACCCAAAAAGCCGUUGUCUUCGAGACACAUGGUGGCCCAUUGGAAUACAAAGAGAUCCCAGUGCCAAAACCCAAGGCUAACGAAAUCCUGAUCAACGUUAAGUAUUCAGGUGUUUGUCAUACUGACUUGCACGCAUGGCAAGGAGAUUGGCCAUUGGCCACUAAGCUGCCUCUUGUGGGAGGCCACGAGGGAGCCGGAAUUGUUGUUGCCAAGGGAGAAAACGUGACUUCAUUUGAAAUCGGUGAUUAUGCUGGUAUCAAGUGGUUGAACGGUUCUUGUCUUGACUGUGAGUUCUGUGAGCGCGGAGCAGAGCCAAACUGUGCUAAAGCCGACCUUUCUGGUUACACCCAUGACGGUUCUUUCCAGCAGUAUGCCACGGCCGAUGCCGUACAGGCAGCUCAUAUUCCAAAGGGAACCGACCUUGCUGAGGUUGCACCAAUUCUGUGUGCUGGUGUUACCGUUUACAAGGCCUUGAAGACUGCCGAUCUUUCUCCAGGUCAAUGGGUUGCCAUUUCCGGUGCCGGUGGUGGACUCGGAUCUUUGGCUAUCCAAUACGCAAAGGCCAUGGGUCUCCGUAUCCUAGCCAUUGACGGUGGAGAAGACAAGGCCAACCUGUGUUCCGAACUCGGUGCUGAAGUUUUCAUCGACUUCACCAAGACGAAGGACUUGGUUGCAGAUGUGGUCAAGGCCACCAACGGAGGUCCUCACGGAGUGAUCAAUGUGUCUGUUUCUGAAUUUGCCAUUGCUCAGUCGUGCGAAUAUGCAAGACCUCUCGGAAAGGUUGUUCUUGUUGGUUUGCCAGCCGGUGCCGUUUGCAAGUCGCCUGUAUUUGCACACGUUGUGAAGUCACUUGAGAUCAAGGGUUCCUACGUCGGAAACAGAGCGGAUACUUCUGAGGCUCUGGACUUCUUCUCUAGAGGGCUGGUCAAGGCACCAAUCACCAUCAUCGGACUUUCCGAAUUGCCAAAGGUUUACGAAUUGAUGGAGAAGGGAGCCAUUCUGGGCAGAUAUGUCGUCGACACCACCAAAUGA